AUGUUCUCCACGAAGACUAUUUUGUUCGCCAUUGUGGCCGCCGCAGCUGCGAUCAAUGUCUCCGCUGCGCCCAUCGCUCGUCGAUCGAGCGGCCGCGCAACCUACUACGCCGUCGGCCUGGGCGCUUGCGGCUGGACCAACAGCGGCAACGAGAAUGUCGUUGCGCUCAACACCAACAUGUAUGGCUUCACCGGUGCCAAGAGCCAGUACUGUGGUCGUCAAAUCGAGAUCCACUACAACGGCAACACUCAGCGCGCUACCAUCGUCGAUGCCUGCCCAAGUUGCCCUAACAGCGGUGACCUCGACAUGAGUCGCAACCUUUUCUCCUCUUUGACCAACGGCAACCUCGGCCUCGGUCAAUUCCAAAUGUCGUGGAACUUUGUUGGCCAAGGCUCCUCCGACUCUAGCAACAGCAACGACAACAACUCUGGCAACAACCGCCAAGCUCAGCAGUCGCAGUCAUCUUCUGCUCAGCGAACUUCCUCUACCCACUCUGAGACUCCCAGCCCUAGCUCCACCACUUCGUCUGCAUCUGCUCCCUCGACCACUGCCAAUGUCAAUGACUCUGACCUUGCUGGCGGCGCCAUCAGCGGCAAGAACGUUACCAGCGUUCCUCAAUGGUGGGCAGAAGUCGGCAACGCUGGCUGCCCAGAUGCCAAGGUUGGCAAGAACCAGGUUGCUGUCGCUGUGGGCCCCUCUGAGCUCGUUAGCAACGACGAUCUCGCUUCCGCUUGCGGCAAGGAACUCGUGAUCGUCAACAAUGCCAACAAGAUGAACGUCUCCGCCGUCGUGACCACCUUCAUGCCCGCCUCCGAGCCCAACACCAUCAUCCUCGCGGACGGCUACAAGGCCCUGGCCAACGUCACCGCCAACGAGGUUCCUCCCUCCAUUGCUAACGUCACGUUUGGAUGGGCAGCCAACUCUACCAAGGCUGACAACUAA